GCUUUCUUCUUAAUGAUAUCAAAUCUCUCUCCUCCAAAUGGAAUCUUAGAAGAAACAACUAGAGGAGUAUCAUAAUGGCAAUUAAAUUUAAUUUCAAACACUCUCAGAUAUAAAUCUCUAUUUGCUGGAGUUAUGAAAUACAGAAAGAAGAUAUUCAGAUAAUUAAUGAGACUUUUCUCAAAUACUCUUGAUAUUUAAUUAUGCCUAUUACUAGAAGAAUAUAAAAUUACUACAUUAAUUAGCUUUUUAACUACACCAAAGAAAUAAAGGAGAGAAGAUUAUAAACUCAAGAUUAAUUAGGUAUGAACUUACAAGAGCAUGUUAAAUAGCCAGAAUUGAACCAUAUACCUAACAACCUCUAACUAUUACUUAAAUUUGAAUGAGCAUAAUGCUCAAAUCACAACACUAAAUGUACUUAUAAACAAGAAGUAAUCCAAAAAAUCCCAGUUCCACACAAUUCUAUUGAAUAACAUAAUUUUCAUCUUCCUUUAAUG